AUGAGCGAGGAGGAACUCCGGCAGCUGUCAGCCAAGUAUCAGUCGUUACCUCCUGGUCGAAGAGGCCCCGACGAGAUCACGGUAGCCGGGCCAGAGCUCGCCGCCGCCGCCGCGAAGGCCGCGGACGACGCAGCAGCCGCCGUUGUCGUCGCAUCUGCGGGGCCCCCUUCGCCGGGUGGGCAACACGCCGGCGGAGUCGGGGCGGUGGGGACGGUGAGAGACGCGGCGGACCAAGCGGCGGCGAGGGCGGCGGGCAUCGUGCUUAUCCCGGAGACUCCGGCGCUGGCCUCGGUGCUGUACGCUCAGCUGGGCGUGCCGAAGGAGAGGGUGAAGCGGUUGCUCCUCAAGUGGCCCAGGCUGCUGGAGGUGUCGGGGUACAAGGUGGGACAGUGCGUCCAGUGGCUGACGGAGACGGUAGGGAUGACGAAGGACCAAGUGGCGAAGCUCGUUCUGGCACACCCGCCGAUGGCGCGGAAGGUGGUGUGUUCGUGCCCGCAGUUGCUGGUCAAAAGCGUGCCGUCCAACUUCAUGCCCAAGAUUAUUUUCUUCGAGAGGAGGCUGGGGAUUGGCAGAGACGGGAUCGGGCCCAUGCUGGUUCGGUACCCUCAGCUGUUCAACUUCAGCUUGAAGAACAUGGCGUGGAAGGCCCGGUGGUUGGAGGAGGAGCUGCUGCUGGACCACAUCGAGGUCAAGAAAGUGUUCGUGCGAUGUCCCUCCGUGUUGGCCUACAGCGCGGAAAGAAAUCUGGUUCCGACCCUGGAGUUCUUUUUGGACGAGCUGGGGGCGACAAGGCAGCAGGUUCGAGAGGCCGUGACAAAGCAACCGAGGCUUCUGGGGAUGAGCCUCGAGAGGCGGCUAAGACCGCGGUUACAGAUCAUCCGGCAGGCGGGGUUCACCCCUUCUUGGGAGUUGCAUCAUAGGGUGAUGCUCUUUGCGAGCGAUGUUGUGUUUGGGAGGUGGCUGCGAGAAGAACCCACGGGGGCGGCGCAGCGACGACGAGAGCUGCAGGGGGGGCGAUCGCAGACAGGGCGGUGGCGAUAUUGA